AUGAGAUGGAAAGAGCAUUUUCUCGUGCCAGAUCAUACAAUUAAAGAUAUAAAUGGUGCCAGCUUUGCUGGCUUUUACUACAUUUGCUUUCAAAAAUCUACAGCAACUAUUGAAGGGUAUUAUUACCACAGAAGCUCAGAGUGGUAUCAGUCUUUAACUUUGACACAUGUACCUGAACACAGCAUUCAGAUUUACGAGUUCAGAUAA